CUGAGUAAGAGUUUUAUCGAAGGAAGAUCUUAUUUAUAUAUGAUACAUGAUGAAUGUCAAUGUCGGGUAACAAACGUUGCAACCAAUCGUAAAAAGUUUUUUGUAUGAUCGAGCAAUUUUUCGCUGGAUGAAAAGACAACAAUGAAGUGGACAGAGCAUUUGAUGAAAUGGGCAAGAUCGCCACAAAAUGAAAACAAAGUCAAAUUUGUACCUCAAAUGCCAUUUGUACUGAGAAAUCGUAUUACCGGCAAAGGAAGUAUUCAUAAAGAAAAAGGAUGCUUGCAGGAGACUUCUGUUGUAUUAGCUUGUUUAAAACUGAAUGAUUUUGAAAACAACAAGUGUCUUAAAGAAAUCGAAGCCUUCGAUAAUUGUUUCAAAGUUCAUACGAAAAACACACAGUUUGCCAAAAAUGAAGCACACAAAGGUACACUAGUUCCUGGGGCAAAAAAUCUUAAGUACAAGCAAGUUAACAAAUUACUAUCGAGAUACCCUCAAGAAAAUCGAGACUCCAGAAAAUAGAAUUAAAUGUUUUUUGCAAAUGCGUUUAUUUUCAUUUGUUUUUAUUACUGCUACUGUAGAUUAUUGUACAAGUCAUUGAUAAUAAGUUAUUGUAAAAUCG